CACGGUUUACAAAAAAAAUUCUUCUAAAUUAUUUAGAUUUAUUGAUUUACAAAAGUGUAUAAAUAUUUGGAGCGCCCUCCGCAAAGCAAGAGGAAACGCUAAUACAUUCAUGCACGUAACGUGACAGGGCGAUAGCAGCAGGAGGGAUUCGAAGCCGCAGGAAUCGCCAAUGGAUCAAACGCCAAUACAGCAGACGCUGACUCGUAAAGAACCCGGAUUUAUUGACCAUGAUCUUCCUUUGCAGUCGCUCCUUGCACCCACCUACAUACGUGACUCGAACAACUACAUAAUCGAUUUUAUUGAAAGCACGCCUUUGGUCUUUCCAAAUAAAACUGUGGUGCCAGUGCCCGGCAACAAUGUGAGCACACACACCACGGCUGCCACUACGGCAGUCAGGGCAGGAAGCAGCUACAAUGUCAAAGUAUCUGAUUCAGUUUCGCUUACACCCGAUUUGCAUUUUCCCAGCUCAAUUUUCCACUACCGGCCCACACCAAAUGAUGUGGCAGUAAGUACGGUGGACGGCGUGGCGGAAGCAACAUUGAAUGCACUAAAUUCACCAACGCAACCAGCGGCGCCUCUACCUUUAGUUAUGGGAGGUAGUUCUAGUGGCAGCAGCAACAGCGCAGCAAUCUUUAGCAACAGAAAACAUGCGCAAUAUAUGGCUUUAAAUGGCGAUUUUCUCGCUGGUGGUGGUAGCAAGAAUUACUGCGAUGACACGGAGGGUGUAAAUCAGGCUGGUGAGGAUGUUGCUGUGCAACAAUUUCUGCUAGCCGAUGCUAAUGUGAGUUUGGAUGAUGCGGCGGAUCUGAUGAACGAUAAUAGUGAUGUGUUGUAUGCCCGUCAUGUAUCCAACGCACGCAAAGUGCUGCCGCAUAAAAAACGUAUUUCGCGCAAGCUACGAGUGUCGCUGAGCGGCGCACAAAAUGUGCUAUCGCCGCCUUUAGGCGAUGUGCACAAAUUGCCGGAGGAAGUACGGCUGAACGUGGCAGUAUAUAGUUGCGAGAUUUGCGGCCAUACAGCAGACUCGCAGUUGCAGUUUUUUGCGCAUCUGAAGCAGCAUUAUGAGCCCACGACGCCGGAUACGAUAUUGGCAGCGAUGAAGACGUCACUAGAGGAUCUGGAGCCGCAGAAAAUGUGUGCGGUUGAUAAGAAAUCCCCCAACGAAAACGUGGACCAUGUUUUCAAUGAUGUGCACUUGAGCUUUCCUGACUUUUCAAGCGUAGACGAGGAGAACCCAAUGCAGCAUGUCAUGGAUUCGAGUGACGAUGGCAAUGAAAUGAAAAUGUUAAACGCCACGGGUAUGAGUAAAUGUAUGAGCUAUGUAGCGCAGGCAACAACCCCACCAAUAAAGCGCACUGUCGAGGUGGAAUUUAGCGAUAGUGAAGAUAUGCUGGAGGGCAUACGGAAUGUGGUGGAUAAGGUAUCGAUCGAAGAGACCUGCGAUGCACUUGAUUUGAUUACAUCCAAUGGCAUGCGCGGUUCUUGGUUCACCAACGAAAACUAUGGCAGCCUUACCUACAAAAAUAAACCUUUCAAUGAUGUGAACUUCGCUGGACCUCUGCCUCCCAUGCCUAUGAUGGCUGGCAGUUCAUUGUCAAGAAGUACACCUCCUAAGGAAAUGUCGCCACUACCGCCUGCAGAAAAAUUACUCUCAUACCAGAAGUCAGAUAAGAGAAGAGAAAAAAUACAGCUGGCGUUACCACCAGACGACGAUAAUGAUGUCGACGAAGCGGAAGUCAAUCGAACCAACUUCUACAAUGACGCGUUACCUCCGCUACGCUUGCCCAGCGUAGAUGCUGAUGAUCGACAGUUGCAUUGCCAGUCACCACAAGAACCAACAACACCAACGAAUUUGCUUGAGCCGCUGCGAGUGCCGCAAUUUGAUCUACCUGAAGACGCUGGGACGCAGUCAUCAAUAGAUAAUGAACAUUUACCCGCGGUUAGCUUACAGCAUGUAGAAGGCGCAAUCGAUGAUCGCAAUUUGCUAGCGGAAAAGGAACUUAUCUGCAAGGAAGAACCUCAUACACAAGACUUUGACGGCAAUGAAGAUAGUUAUGAUGAAAAUGAUCACGACAUGGAAUCGUAUGCGCCUAGCCCCGUUCACAGCGUCAUGGAAGGCAGCAACAGCAAUGAAAGGAAACACAUUUGCACAAAGUGUGGACGUGACUUCAACUCGUUCAAUGCGCUCAAGUAUCAUCGUCGUACACACACGGGCGUGCGUCCACAUAAGUGUGAUACGUGCGGCAAAUCAUUCUAUGCACUGAGCGCGCUAAAGGCGCAUACGCGUACACACACCGGCGACAAGCCGUUCAAAUGCGACGUUUGUCAACGCGACUUUCGGCAAUGGGGCGAUCUUAAGUAUCAUUUCAUAUCCAAACACACGGAGCACAAGAAUUAUCAGUGUGAAUACUGUGGCAAGGCAUUUGCGCGCAAAUACUCAUUGGUGUUGCAUCGACGCAUACACACCUGCGAACGCAAUUUCAAGUGCGAUUACUGUGAUAAGGCAUUUCGCGCGAGUAACUACCUACAAAGUCAUCGAAAAAUUCACACUGGUGAAAAGCCCUACGAGUGCACAGUUUGUUCCAAAUGCUUUCGUUUGCUCGGUGAUCUGCGUCGCCAUGAGCGUAUUCAUCAGCGCGCUGCCGCUAAGGAGGCAGCAAAAGAUACUGACAGUGCAACAAAUGAUGACAGUGCAAAAGAUUGUUAGAUCAAUAGACUGAAAUGUA